GCUUCAUCCUCCCCCCCCCCCCUGCUGUGUCCCUGGGGUCUCUAUGGAAACGGGAGUCAACAGCAGGACCUCGCCCCGGAGGCUGCUGCUGCUGCUGCUGCUGCUGCUUCUUCCCUCAGGUUGGAGAAGGCGCGCCGGGGCUGCGGGAGGAGAAGCGGGAGCAUCAUGGCAGAGAGCAUAGACAUGGCCUCAUUGGAGGAGAGUUUCCGGAAAUUUGCCAUAUAUGGAGAUACUAAAGCUACGGGCCAGGAAAUGAAUGGCAAGAACUGGGCCAAGCUGUGCAAAGAUUGCAAAGUCAUUGAUGGCAAAGGGGUCACAGGCACCGAUGUGGAUAUUGUCUUCAGCAAGGUGAAGGGGAAGACGGCCAGAGUCAUAAACUACGAGGAGUUCAAGAAUGCCUUGGAGGAGUUGGCCCCGAAGAGGUUUAAGGACAAAAACAAGGAGGAAGCCUACGAAUCUAUCUGCAAACUGGUGGCAGGGAAAGAGCCAGCCAAUGUGGGCGUCACGAAAGCCAAGUCUGUUGGGGCCGUGGAGAGACUCACCGACACGUCCAAGUACACGGGUUCCCACAAGGAGCGCUUUGACGAGAGCGGGAAGGGUAAAGGCAAGAGCGGGCGGGAGAACAUCGUGGACACCAGUGGCUAUGUGGGCGCCUACAAGCAUGCAGGCACUUACGACGCCAAAGUGAAGAAAUAGCAGCAGCCACUCCUGCUGAUGCCUGUUUGGGGGAAGAGGCCACCCUAAUGGCAGGCAUCCUUGCCUGCUAGCCUCAGAGCUAUUGCUGGGACAGAUGCCUGCUCUCAGGCAAAUGAUGCCGCGGCGGUCCUCCUUGGCCAUGUGCUCACUUCCAAUAUUACACAAAGCCAGAGGUAUAUCUGCAACCCUACCCCCAAUAUACAGCUCACCCAAAGCUUUAUUACCUCAGUCUUCCUCCUGCUGUAGCCUGCUGUAGCCUUUUCCACAGCCUCUUCUACUUCUGAAGCUUCACCCCACACCACUGCUCUGUUCACUAAUGGUAAAGCACUCACUCGUGACAAAGCAAUAGUUGUUAAAGGUGCUAAACUUCUGUCAAGGAGGCAAGAUCUCCAUAACUCUUGCCCUGGGCUUUUGCAAGCAUCUCAUUCCCUUCUGCCCAGUCCAGUAACUUCUCUCCCAUGGCAGCCAUCUCCAGACAACUGCCCUCCAGAUGUGCUGAAGUGCAAAUCUUACCAUCUCAGCUGGUUCUGCUGCUGGCUGGGUAUAUGAGGAGGGCACACAUCUGCAAGGCCAUCAGGUUGGAAAGGAGUUCCCAUUGUGCAUCCCUUCUCUGCUUCUGUGCUGUUAUAAAAAUGCAAAUUAUAAUCCUUAGGCCAAGGCAAUUGCCCCGUAAAGCACCAUAUCUCAAAACUGCACAUGUCCCUCCUCCAUCUCUUAAGGAAAAACACAUCUCAGUUUCUGAAAAUAUAUUUUAUUAGCAAUUUACAAAGCAUAAUAGAUUAGCCAGUAGUAGCCUUAUUCCACCAAGUGUAUUUAAUUACUGUCAACAACAGCAACAGGCAAUAAUCAGUAUCCAAAGAGUUAUCAUAAUAGUUUCCAAAACAUCAUGUGGUCCAACAGUGGGAAUGUGGCAUAUAUGUUAUGAAUGCAUGUCAUGUAGUUUCAAAGGUAUUUUGCUUCUGACAGAGCAAAGCUUGAGUGUCAAUUGCUCUGACAAUGCCGAAAUCCAAACUCAAUCUAGAUAGCAACAAAUGAGUAAAUCAUGUAGAUUCUUCCAUAUAACUUGCCGUAUACAGCAAGGCACAUAUACUGUAAUAUCUGUAUAGAUGAUGUUUCUCAGUUUUGAGUAAAGAAACUCCUGACUAGUGGUAAGAAAGCCAGUCAUAGAAUUAUAAAGUUGCAAGGGGCCCAACAGACCAUCAGCUCGAACCCCCUGCUCAGGGCAAGAUCUCUAGCAAGGACAUCCCAAGCAGGCACCUGUUUAGCCUCAUUUUGAAGACGUCCAGAAGACCAACCAUUUACCCAAACAAUUGCCAAACUGAUAUCAUGGUCCAGAGGUCCUGUCUAAUAUUCAAUCCAAAUCCUCCCUCCUGUAACUUCAAACCAUUAGAGCUAGUUCCAUCUCUUGAGGCAAAAGAGAACAAACCUGCAUCCUCCCCUUUGUGGCAUCCCUUUAGGUGUUUAAAAGAGUAUGAUCAGGCCCUCAGUCUUCCCUUUACAAAGCUGAGUAUGUCCAGCUCCGUCAAUUUCUUGUAUCUUUUGUUCUCCAUACUUUUUAUUAUCCUCAUUGUCGUCCUCUGAACUUGUCUAUACAUUUUUUAAAGUGAAACCCACAGAACUGAACUCAGUGCAGGCAAUUCCCGAGUUACAAACAUACAACUUACAAAUGACUCCUAGUUAAGAAUGGGGGUGCGGCAACAGGAAAUGAGAGAAAUCUCCACCUCGGAAGGGAAAUCCACUCCUGAAAGUUAUUUUCAUGGGGUAAAGGGGUCUCUACUGAAACUUUAUCGCCAAUCCUUGUUUCUGCAACAAGCCAAAUUUUUCAAAAUCCAAACUUGUUCAUAACUUGGGAACAGCCUGUACUCCAAAUCAGCACAGAAUAUAGUGGGAGUAUUACUUCCUGUGACUUGGAAACUAUGCUUCUUUUAAUGUGGAUUAAAACAGUGUUUGCCUUC